AUGCGCGCUUCGGAACCGGGGUCGUUCCAGGCUGGAUCGAACGGCCCCGUUGCCGCCCUUUCUGGCCCCUCGCGGCCCCUUCGCGGCCCUCCCGCUGCCCUUCACUGCGGCCCCGUCGCCCUUCGCUGCGGCCCCGCCGCCCUCAGCUGCGGCCCCGUCGCCGCCCUCACUUGCGGCCCGUCGCCGCCCUCAUCUGCGGCCCCGUCGCCGCCCUCACCUGCGGCCCGUCGCCGCCCUCACCUGCGGCUCGUCGCCGCCCUCACCUGCGGCCCCAACGCCGCCCUCAGCUUCGGCCCCGUCGCCACCCUCACUUGCGGCCCGUCGCCGCCCUCGGUUGCGGCCCCGCCGCCCUCACCUGCGGCCCCGUCGCCUACCUAUGGCCCCGCCCACUUGCGGCCCCGACCCCGCCCCGGCCAUGCCCCGUCGCCAGCUGCGGCACACCGGGGGCACGUGCACCGCCCCCCCCCCCCUUUUCCCGUCACCUGUCGAGGCGACCUGAGGGGGCCGCGGCGACCUGGAAGGGGGGGGCAGGCGUCGCCCCCUCUGCCGCCUGCUUUGGCGCCCGGGGAGGCCGUGCGUCGCCCCCCCCCCCCCCCCCCCCCUCCCCUCUCCUCCUCCUUUUGCUCCCUCUGCUGCAGCUGCCGCUGGGGGGGAGGGUGUGAGGGUGUGGGGGAGCCCGGAGAGGGACUGGGGGUGGCAGCAGUGUGGGGGGGAGGGGGAGGGGGAGGGUGA